AUGACGCUCGACCCGGGAGAGACGAGGCAGGUGCAAGUCAUGGUCGAAUCGAUGUUCGGAUCCGACUCCGACGAACUGAAAGAGAUCAUCGAUAAACGAGGCAAAGAGUUCUUCACCAGCCCAACACAGAUGAGUAUCCGCGGGUACGGCUUCCCGCCUGAAGAUCCUGUCCGCCCAGUCCUGCUAGGUGGGUGUCAGAUCGACGUCGGGUCAGGCAAGGGGACCGUGUUCAAGAAUCUCAGGUGGCUGAAAGGCGAGAAUCAGAUUAAAGGGCUAGUUGUCGCUAUGGAUGGAAGUGUUCGUGUGCGUGGUAUGGUUCUGCUGAAGUUCCAUGCCGAGAAGGAGCAGCUGGGGACGAGCGUGACGGUGCCGCUUACAGGUGAAGGAAUAUUCUCCUUGGGCGAUAUCGAGGGUCGUGCCAAGAUCUUUAGGGCGAAGAUUGUGUCUGCUCAUUAUUUGGGACAGCCUGGUCUGGCGCCAUGUGAGGCGGAGAGGGUGGUUGAUGUUUUGGCUUGA